AUGCCCCUCUCGCAGUCCAAAGGCCUCACGGUCGCGGCCACCGCCAUCGCAACCACCUGUAUCGGUUUCGGCAUCAACGCCGUCUUACGCCCUGACCAUGCCUUGACUUUCUUCGAAUGGGACGCGCCUGUCUCACCGACCGAAAAACGCGUCGUUGACGACCUCCUCGCGGUCUACGGCAUCCGCGAUAUCUUCAUGGGCCUGGCCGUUUACUCGGCCGCAUACUUUGGCAGCCGCAAAGCAUUGGGGUGGAUCAUGAUCGCGGUCGGCGGGGUGGCCUUUGGCGACGGAGCGAUUUGCUGGGCCCACGGUCACGGCCAGUGGGGGCAUUGGGGUUAUGCCCCCGUCGCCGCCCUGGUGGGCGCCUUGAUGACGGGUUUGUUGGACAGGACUUGA